AUGUGUUCACGUUGGAUAUGGAGAAAAAUCGAGCCUCAAGAUAAAGAUGGAGAUUCUGCUAAGAACCAUGAUGAUCAUGAGCAUAAUGAUGAUACACAUGAGGAAGAACGCAUUGGAUAUGAUACCAAAACUAAGGAGGACCACCAUAAUUAUGAUGAAGACGACACUGAAGAUCAUACAAAUGGUGUUGGAGAUAGAGCACGUGAUGAUUUUAGUAGUCCACACAAAUAUGACUUAGAUGACGAAAUUGAUAUGUCAGUAAAUCGACGCCCUUCAACUCCCAAGUAUUUUCUUCCAACAAUUCUCAGGUUUAUCUCAAAAAAUGGCAAAAGGCACACGAGGAAGACGCAGAAUGGCUUCUAGAAACUUCCGGACAACCCCAUACCCAAUCCUCCCUAAUUUAUCAAACCUAAAUGAAAAAAAAUCCCCAAAUGAAAAUGAAACACCAAAAAAAGAUUGGGAAGACAUAACAUGUUCAGUAUGCAUGGAAUACCCUCACAAUGCUGUUCUUCUUUUAUGUUCUUCACACGAUAAAGGUUGUCGCCCCUACAUGUGUGGCACUAGCUCUCGUUACUCCAACUGCUUAGAUCAAUACAAAAAAGCCUACACAAAAACCACCCUCACAAACGGGUCGAGUUUCGACCCGUUAACGGGUUGGCCCAUUGAGAGGAAUCUUGAAGUUGCUGAGCUGGCAUGCCCGCUGUGUCGUGGGCAAGUGAAAGGGUGGACUGUGGUGGAAUCGGCUCGUGAGUAUUUGAAUUGUAAGAAGAGGACUUGUAUGCAUGAGGACUGUGUGUUUGUUGGUGCGUAUAAGGAGUUGAAGAAGCACGUGAAGGCGGUGCACCCGGCGGCUAAGCCACGGGAGGUGGACCCCGACCAGGAACAGAAGUGGCGGCGGUUUGAGCGGGAGCGGGAGCGCGAGGAUGUCAUUAGUACGGUUACAUCGUCAAUGCCGGGGUCGGUGGUGUUUGGUGAUUACGUGAUUGAACGGAAUUCGUACGAGUCGGAAUCGGAAUCGGAAGACGAGGAGGGGUUUGAUGUCGGUGGGAAUCGGAAUCGGAAUCGGGGAUUGGAAGUGCCGGGUGAUGACGGUCUUGUUAAUGUGUUUCUUUUGUUUCAUGCGUUUGGUGCCGGUGAUGGCGGCGGCGGUGAUGGCGGCGGUGAUGGUGGGAUGUCGUUGGUGAAUCGGCUCCGGCGACAGGGGCGGGUUUUGCUUGGGAGGUCGGGGAGAAGGCGGAAUGGGAAUCAGGAAGUAGAGAUAGAUGGAAACGAGACGUAGAUUUGUGUAUAAAUUGGGGUGUAAAGAAGGGAAUCAGGAAGUUAGUUUUUAGGGGGGAUAAGAAAGAGAAAUGGUGAUCUUUGGAAUUGGAAUUGGAAUCAUUUCAAGUUGGAAAGAAAGUAGGUUGUUAUUUAUUUUUAAUUUUUUUAAGAAAAUUUGUGUUCUGACCAAAAUUGUUGUAAUUUCUGUUUGUAAUUUUAAUUUGCUGAUUCCCUACCCAGGAUUUGUUUAUGUUUAGUGGAAAGUGUUGGAUUUUGAACAUUCUUUGGAUUUGGAUU